UGUGCUCCAAAGCCCGGAAACCGAAACUUCUGGGAAACGGGAACUCCCCGUGAUUAGGAAGGGAGCUAGAGCGACCUCAGUCCAGGCUCCACCGACCCGGGGCACGGCGGGUCCUCCUCGGCGACAUGAACCACGCGCCCCAGCCCUUCCUCCCGCGCGCCUCCGGGCCGCCCCCGACCUACCAGGUGCUCAAGGAGGAGCACGAGGUGGACGUGUUGGGGGCGCCCCCCACCCCGGGCCCGGCGCCCACCGUGAUCAGCAUCCGCAGCGAGGUCUCCGUGCCCGACCACGUGGUCUGGUCCCUCUUCAACACGGUGUUCCUGAACAUCUUCUGCCUGGGCUUCGUGGCGUUCGCCUACUCCGUGAAGUCCAGAGACCGGAAGAUGGUGGGUGACAUGAUUGGGGCCCAGAGCUACGCGUCCACCGCCAAGUGCCUGAACAUCUGUGCCCUGGUCUUCAGCCUC